AUGCCACAACCUUCUUCCAAUGAUGAUAAUAUGAACGCGGUCUCGCCACAACGCGCUGGGCCGACGAGACGUUACAACAGGUCACGCUGCGGAUGUUUGACUUGCAAACGUCGCAAAGUAAAAUGCGACGAGCAGCGACCCCGAUGCUCGCACUGCGAGCGGCUAAACUUGGAAUGCAAGUGGCGACCACUUCACGCUGUUGCAUUGUCCAAACAACGGAAUGACGCCAAUGGUGAGAGGCCUGCAGGUGAUAGCCAGCCAACCAUAUCUCCGUCCACCGACCGAUCGCCGGCUGCCUCUGGAUUACGAACGCUGCAGGCCAUGGACGAAGUCUUUGACUACGCUAGCUUCAUGUGGGAUCCAAGCAGCAGUUUGUGGCAGCAAGAAAGCCCCGAUAUGACGACUACCAUUCCUCUUAACGCAAAUCUUAUAGAAGCUAGUUCAUUUGUGAACAGGCACACAGAUCCCCUAACAAUCAACACAUAUACUAAUACAGCCAUACAAGAGAACGGAAAUCAGCCCAUCGAUCAAACUACUUCUGGUUCAAGCGAAAGGUUAAUGGAAUUCUUCAUCAAAUCUGCUAUACCGCCAAUCCUAGCCGGAGUUGAGUCUCAGAGGAAAUGGUCAUCAAUCCGCCAAGGCCUUGUCGCGAUGUCAAAAAGCUCCCGCGUCCUACGCUGUGCUAUCUUGGCAUUCUCAAAUACUCUUUUGUGUCGUAGCAAUCCCUCUUGGGCCUUUGACGACCAAAAUCACUACCAGGAAGCCGUCAUUGAAGUAGAGGCGCACGAUCCGGAUUCCCUCAACGAGCACAGUCUGGCGCGCGAAUGCCUCCUCGCCGCGCUAUUCUUCCUAAGCUAUGUCGACAUAAUAGACAGCAGGCUUGAUAUGGCGCAUCGCUAUCUCAAACAGGCGUAUACGAUAUUCCAGAGGGGGGACAAGGCCUCUUUCUCACAUGUCGAAAAGCAAGUGCUUCUUUGGAUUCGGUUGUUGGAUGCUAGAGCGGUAUCUGCUGGAGGCGAAGGGCUAUUCCUAUCACGGGACGAUGAAAUUGAGAUUAUAGAGCCUUCACCCGCGAGCUUCGAUGCUGAAACGGACGAUACCGCGAGAAGUCAGGAAGCAUCCAGCGACGACAUUGAAGAUGUUUUGUUUCAGGUCCUCUACCAACCUGGUAUUGUCUUUUUUCAAAAGGUUCAAAGCUUCAUGGGCCGCAUAUCGAAAAUUGAUCCUUGGCAUAGGUCGAGAGGCACAGUGGAAGAUGAGAUAGAAGUCAUGAACAUCGGCGCUUCCAUUGCCUCCGACUUGCGAUCGCUAUACGACCAGCGCCCACCCCUAAUGGAUUAUGCAGUUGCUGGAAAGCUCUCAGAGCCUCAUAUUUCAGCACACUUGGCUUUCACCAUCACCAGGGCGUUUCGCACAUACUUAUCCAAUUACUACGCUAGCAAAGUGCAUCUUCAUCGUGUCGCUUACAAACACUUGCCAUUGACCAAGGAAGCAGCCGAUGCUCUGGCUCAAAUCCGCAAGUUGGCCCACCAGAUUUCGUCCAAUUUAGCACCUGGGGAUUCGCUUCCGGUAAAUAUGCUCUGGCCUCUCUUAAUGCUGGGCGCGGAAGAACACGAUGAAGAGGAGAAGGUGUGGAUCAAGGCGCAAAUAAUGAGAAUGGAGGGCGUUGCCGGGAAUGCAAGAAUUACGGCGCAAGUGUUGGAAGAAGUCCAGGCUCGCCAAGAAGCCACCAAAACUCGUGCGGAUAUUCGCUCCGUAAUGCAUUCAGUAUUUAAUUCGUCUUUUGCGAUCUUGUGA